AUGCCUCGUCAACGUUCGACCGCUCGUGCCCCAGCGCGCGCCCCUACUCGCCCGACCGCCGCCGCCCCUGCGCACACGCCCCAGCAGGCCCGUCCCGGCAGCACCAUGGCCGCGCCGCCUCAGCAGUACCAGCAGGCUCCUGCGCAGUCGCAGGGCCCCGGCCUCUUCGGCCAGAUGGCCAGCACUGCUGCUGGUGUCGCUGUCGGCUCGUCCAUCGGCCACGCCAUUGGCGGUUUCUUCGGCGGCGGCUCGUCGGAGCCCGCGCCCCAACAGCUCCAGGCCCAGCAGCAGCCACAGGAGCAGCUGCAGCAGAACAACAACUGCGCCGGCGCCGUCCAGAGCUUCACCAAGUGCAUGGACGACAACGGCGGCAACAUGCAGAUCUGCAACUGGUACCUCGAGCAGCUCAAGGCCUGCCAGGCCGCCGCUGCCCCCUACUAG